AUGCCAGCAUUCGCAAAAUUCAGGCCUGGAUACCGUCGAAGGGCUACCGAGGAUAUAAUUAAUGAAAGUUCAGAAGUAGCUAUGGCUGAUAUGCCGUCUUCGAAUGAAAAGAAUCCUGCAGUUAGCGGUACUGAAGAUACUAUCUCUCCAAGCAAUGCCAGUGAUGGACCAAUAUCAGAGCAAGUGGAAAAGGAUGUUUUACCGACCGAAACUGCACAACGUGGUGUUCAAGAAGUAGAGGCGGUGGCAUUGACAUGGACUAAACCAUACCUUGUCAGCGUUUUCAUGCUCAUGUGGUUACUUUACUUUGUUAAUGCCAUGCAAUCUUCAAUCUGCUACAAUCUUAUCCCUUUCGCCACGAGUGCAUUUCAAUCGCAUUCUUCGAUCACUGUCAUCAACAUCGUUGCCAACGCUAUGACAGCCGCAAUUUACAUUCCGCUUGCGAAGAUGCUAGAUCUCUGGGGUCGUGCUGAGGGAUUUCUUCUCAUGGUGUUGUUUUCCACUAUCGGUUUGAUCAUGAUGGCUGCUUGCAAUGGCAUUGCUACCUUCUGUGCUGCGCAGGUGUUUUACUCCAUCGGCUUUGGAGGUUUGAUUUAUAGUAUUGAUGUCAUCACCGCUGAUGUUUCCAAGUUGAAGAAUCGAGGUCUUGCAUACGCUUUCACUUCUUCGCCAUACAUCAUUACAGCAUUUGCGGGACCUAAAGUUUCUGACGAUUAUUACUAUAAUAUCAGCUGGAGGUGGGGAUUUGGAACUUUUGCUAUCAUCUUGCCAUUCGUAGCAGCGCCUUUGUACUUCAUUUUGAAGAUGAAUCUCAAAAAGGCAGAGAAUAAAGGUGUUUUGAUUAGAGAGAGCAGUGGUCGAACCCUUGCAGAAAACAUCUGGCAUUACCUGGUAGAAUUUGAUGCCUUUGGUGUUCUGCUCUUCGCUGGAGGUUUCACGGUAUUCUUGCUGCCAUUCACUCUUGCAGAUACUGCGCCAAACGGUUGGCGAACGGAUUACAUUAUUGCUAUGAUCGUCGUUGGAUUCGUGGUCCUCGUCAUCUUUGCACUUUACGAAGUAUUCCUCGCCAGAGCACCUUUCCUGAACGUCAACCUCUUAGCAAAUCGAACUGUCAUUGGCGCCUGUCUGCUAGAUUUGACUUAUCAAAUCUCUUACUACUGCUGGAACAGCUACUUCACCUCUUUCCUACAAGUUGUUAACAACUUAACCUUGGCGGAGGCUGGAUAUGUUAGCGAUACGUUCGAUGUUAUUUCUGGUAUCCUCCUCCUCGGCGUUGGGUUGUUAAUUCGCAAGACCGGAUACUUCAAGUGGCUUCUGUAUAUCGCAGUACCAAUUUACGUCUUCGCUCAAGGCCUGAUGAUUUAUUUCCGUCAACCCCACCAAAGCAUUGGUUACAUUGUUAUGUGUCAAAUAUUCAUCUCGAUCGGCGGAAGUGUAUUCAUCAUUGUGGAACAACUCGCAGUUCUUGCCGCCUCGGACCAUCAACACGUUGCCGCUAUUCUCGCAUUACUCUACGUCGUUGGAAACAUCGGUGGCGCCAUUGGAAACACCAUUUGCGGUGCCAUCUGGACAAACACAUUCCCCCAAGCUUUGGAGAGAUACCUUCCCGAAUCAGCCAUGGCAGAUUUCGACAACAUUUAUGGUGAUCUCGCCACUCAACUCACUUAUCCAGUAGGAAGCGAGACUCGAAUCGCCAUUCAACAUGCAUAUGGAUAUGCACAGGAGAGAAUGCUUAUUGCAGGAACUGUGAUUAUUGGCCUUGCAUUUGUUUGGGUUAUGAUGAUCAAAAAUAUCAAUGUAGCCCAAAAGACUCAAGUCAAGGCAUUGCUCUCCAUGACUAUGUACUGCUCCAACUUCAUUGCUGUAACUCGAGAGAUUUGA